CCAGGCGGCCCAUGUGACCCUGGAACACCCUACCCCGGAGGUCCCCGCCGCGGCUUCCAGCUCGGAGCACGCGCUGCCCCCUCGUCACCCAGGCUCUCUGCGACCCUACAGGUGCUAAUGGUGGUGCGCGCGCAGGAGGCAGGUGACCGGCGGGCCCGUCGCGAUCUGCUGCGCUCCGGGUUGGCCCUGCCAGCUCCUCCUGGGGCCGCAGGUUUUUGGUCUGUCGCCGGAAGUAAUCGAGCAGUUGUUGAAAGGCUGGGCGAUCUAGGAUCGCGCUCUCCCGAGCCACAGUGUUUUGGGGGCUUGCUCUGGGUCACUUUUUUAGAGGAGGGAGAGAAGUCUUUAACCCUUUUUACUGACAAUCCUGACUGCUCUUCAGAAGCGUGGUACUGCUGCUGAUUUCAGCUUUUGCUGUGAAGAAAAAUCACCAUGUCUUCCUCCAGACUGGGGCUUCGUUUGGCUGCCUGUUUACUAAACAUUUCAGAAGCCAGAAGAAAAAACAUUGUUGAGAACAUAGCAAAAGCAGCUCUUCUUGAAAAAAAUGGACAGAAACACCCUGAAGUAUCCGUGCUCAAUAUAUUUUCUGAUCGAGACUACAACAGAUCGGUCAUUACAAUAGCAGCUUCUGUUGAUGACUUAGGCAAUUCUGUUCUGGCUGCCUGCUUGGAGGCCUUCCAGUCCAUCAAUAUGGAGCUUCAAGAGGGGGUCCACCCUUGUCUGGGAGCGGUGGACCUGAUUCCAAUCUACCCUUUGUCUGGUGUCAGUGUGGAAGAGUGUGGAGCCGUGGCCAGAAGCCUUGCUGAGAGUCUGCUGCUGCGCGCGCCCGGCUGCAGCCUGUUUCUCUUUGGGGAGGCCGACCUGCCUGAGAAGCGCACUCUCGUCCAGAGAAGGAAGCAGUUGGGCUGGUUCACGAGGAGGGAUUUCAGCGCUCUGGAACCCGACCUGGGAGCUGCGCCUGCCAGGAGAUGUGGUUUAACAGGCAUUGGCGCUAGCCCGUAUGUGAUGAACUGCAAUGUUACCAUAGACUCUCAAGACUUGGCUGUGGGAAAAGAGAUUGCUGCUGCCAUUCGGGGCUCAAGUGUGAAUGGAUUGAAGGGCAUCCAAGCGAUGGCUUUUCCUCAUGAAGGGAAAAUUGAGAUAGCUUGCAACGUAGAGAGUUUUGAAGAUCAAGAAGCUACAGAAACCUCAGAAGAAUCUCAAUACAUGGCCUUCAGUGUCCUUGGGGACCAUUUUUCUUAUGUAUCUCCUCAUUACAUAGAAGCUCAGGUUAAAAAGUUGGCGAGUGAUCGGGGAAUUGGUACCAUAGGGAGAGCAUUAAUUGGAUUUACACCCCAAGAAUGCAAGAACUGUGCCGAAUAUGCUAUAAAGGAAAGUAUUGGAGAAUUCUGGAGGAUACGAGGAGGUGUUUUCAUGUGAUCCAAUCUAAGAUUUUGUUGAAAUUUUAAGGAAAACGAUCAAUCAUUACAAAGUUUUCUUUUGACCAGUGAAGAUGAGGGGAAGAUACAAAGAGCUUGGUUGUAGCUGUGUUUUGGAAAAUUAGGAGCAUUCUCUAUUCAGCAACAACAAGUGUUUAUAGAUUGUCCGUAAUUGCCCUAUGAUAUUUCUAGUCGUCAUUAAAACUUCUCGAGAACCUACUCUGCAUCAAAUUUCUGCUCUUGUGUGUGUUAGCAGCGCUGCUGAGUCAUCUGGGUAAAAUGGCCCUCGUUGCUGAAUCACCUUUUUUCUUUUCAAAGGUUCAGAACGGCUCUUUAUUCAGUCCCUCCUUCCUCAUCCUCAAGAGAAGAGACUAUUAACCUUUUUUUUUUUGAAUCACCUUUAAUUAUUGUGUACAAAACUAAAAAUGGACUCAAUUUAUUUGGUUCUUCUGAACUCUUUAUUUCCAAGUUCUGUAGUCAACUCUCAUAUUCUGAGUAAUCAUUUUUUUUAAAUGUACACUUUAAAGAAAUCAAACUAAGUGACUAAAACUGGGGAGAAUUAUAAAAUAAGGUUACUCUUUCAAAGCAUGGUUGUUCUUUCUUGCCUUUCUACUCUUAGGAUGACCCAUUGUUCAUUCUGGAGAUGACUCCAAAAGCCAGAUUUAUCUAAUUUUCCUAUGUUUAUGUAUGGAGAUGGAAUGACGCUGUUGGCCAUGACGCCAAGGAAUUGGGGAAUUUAACUGAAAAGUCUGAAGCUUUCGGGAAUAUAUUGCUCUUGAGCAAAGAGAAGGGCGUUGGUGGAAGCAUUGUAUUUGAAAGAAAUAAAAAUAUGCUGCCUCUUUAUGAAGUAAAAGAAGCCACUUGUUGAUUCUGGCAUUUUGGUGUAAAUCCUUAGUAUUUAUAUUGCUUUAGAACAAGGUACUUUCUAUCCAUAAAGCAUACAGAAAUGAAUUUUUCCAUAGAUUUUUUUUUCUUGCUAAAGAAAGAUUAUGGUCUUGUCUAAUAAAGCACAUAAUGUGAAUUUAUUUUAAUUAAUUAAAAAUAAAUAAAGAGGUUGAACUCAAUCUUUUUAUAGGACCCAGUAGUUUAUCCUAGUAUUGUUUUUACUUAAUUUGACUCGACUCUGAUGGCAUGAAUUUUGUUCCAGAAUUAUGCUGCUUUAGUUGUUUUCUUCUUGCUGUCAAUGUAAAUACAACGAAGGUAGAGAAACGAUGGAGCAGGUCUGGUUUUCAGGCGUAGGGAAGUUUGGUCGCUGUGGUGAAGAGAGCACAUGCUACCCAGUUAGACCCGAGGUUCGCCCUCUCAGUCUGGAAGAGCCGAGAAGCAGCAGUGCCAGUCCUUUCCGCGCUUUGGCAGAGGCCUCGUGGCCCAGUAGAACGCGCACUGGACAGUGGGUUGGGAGGCUUGGGUUCUGGCCCGCUUUUACCUUCUGUACCCUUAGUUCCAUUACCUAUAAAGUAGGAAAAAAGAGUUCCCACCCUGACCAAGGGCUGUAUGCUGGGGGAUUAAAUGGAAGUACUUGGUAAGCUGAAAGGUAAAAAUGAAGCAUACUAUUAAUGUUUUUUCCUGAUCUCUUCUAGAGCUUUGCUUCAGUGUUGGGCAUCAACAUUAAACAGAUGAGACAGGGUAAAAUCACGUGCUGCCGCUGAGUCAGCUGGGCUUGUAGGAGGGGUUGAUUCAUUUGCCAGGUACCUGAGUUAACCUCUCCAGGUUCAUAGCCCUGCAUUCCAUGUGGCUGGCCCUCAGCAAGGCCUGUUUGAAAUCAAACGUCUAAGUGGGUACGGAGUUUCAGUUUGGGAAGAUGAAAGAAUUUCUGGAGACGGAUGUGGCGAUGGUUG